UCGAGACACGUCUUCCUUAACUCGAAAAACGCUGCGUUGCUUGCUCUGAAAGGGCAGACGAACAAAAUGCGGAGGGCAGAGCUUCGUUGGUAGGGCACUCGCGACCCUUCUCGGCGUACGCCCAGCCUUCGAACCUCUCUCACGGCAUCCUACCCUUCUUUGCCGGACGUCGUAGUGUUUAUUGACGACGAUCUGGGCUGGUUUAAUCGCUGCACGUCUCGUAGCUUCGUCGAUAUAUCAGCCUUCAUUGACCGAAGCCUCUUCUCUACCAGUCUGCCGAAGGGUCGAAGACUUGAGGUCUCUUCUCCCACCAAAGUUAGGCUCUUUUUAACUCAACGUUACAACUUUCAAACCCAAUCUUUUCCCUUUUGAGCCCUAGCCUCGCGCAGCUCACGGCCUUCGCCUUCCCUCUCCUCCUCUCCGCAUCACAGUCACAGCCUUCAUCCUCAUCCCUCAUUCCUCAAGCCUUACGGAUGCUUUCAUCUUGCAAGAAGCCUCGGAGACCCAACACUUGACUGCGCCACUAGCUCCUUCCCCAGAACGCACUGCACUUCCACAGUGGGUGAAUUUUUGAAUGAAGAGGAAUCACCAAUCGUGUAGAAGUUUUAUUUAGUGAUCAGUUAACUACAAAAGUGAACUCUUUGUUCUGUAUGGCAUAGAGGGAAUAAGGAAAUCAGUUUCAUAAGAUGUUCUUCCACAUAGUUUUGGAACGAAACAUGCAGCUCCACCCGCGCCACUUUGGUCGGAAUCUUAAAGAAAAGCUUGUAUCCAAGCUUGUCAAAGAUGUUGAAGGCACUUGCAGUGGUAGACAUGGGUUUGUGGUGGCAGUAACGGGUAUUGAGAAUGUUGGCAAAGGGCUGAUUCGAGAUGGGACAGGGUUCGUGACUUUCCCCAUAAAGUACCAGUGCGUUGUGUUCAGACCAUUUAAAGGGGAGAUCUUGGAAGCCGUUGUUACCAUGGUUAACAAGAUGGGGUUCUUCGCUGAAGCUGGGCCUGUUCAAAUUUUUGUAUCAAACCAUUUGAUACCAGAUGAUAUGGAGUUCCAGUCUGGGGAUAUGCCAAAUUAUACAACUUCAGAUAAUUCAGUUAAGAUUCAAAAGGACAGUGAGGUGCGGCUAAAGAUAAUUGGGACUCGAGUUGAUGCUACAGAAAUUUUCUGCAUUGGUACCAUAAAAGAUGAUUUCUUGGGAGUGAUCAAUGAUCCGGAUGCAGCAUCUUAGUAGAAGUGAUUCUUCGUGACAUAGUGUUACAAUCAGGUUGUGUAGUUUAUAGUUAUAAUCCGAACUAAUGUUUCAAAAUGUAUUUUCCAUAAAGUGAAUGAAUUGAAAUUGUAUGGAUGAUUAUGUAGAUCUAUAGGUACUGUAAUUUUGAGCAUUCAAAAUCAACGAGCCUCAGAGAAUCGGAAGGACUUUGAGGGGCCCAA